UCCAAUGUUACGGUUUCAGCAAACCAAACAGAGAUGAGUAAAGUCAUCGAGUGGUCUGAUUUACCCGGAGACCUCCUUGACUAUAUAGCCAACGGUCUCUUCUCCAAAGUCGAGCUUGUACGAUUCCGUAGCAUCUGCAAAACAUGGCGUUCAUCUGUGGUGACGAACGAAAAGCGUUUUCGCAACCACAUAAAUCGCAACCGUAGACGCCGUCUUUCGUCCUAUGAUUCUAGAAGGUGUCUGCUCUCUCCCGCAGCUCUCUGUCGUGUGAUUCACUCGUCACGUCCGGAAAAAGGAUGGCUUAUCCUAACCCAAGGUAUCUAUGGUGUCUCCUCUAAAUCGAAACUCCUUUCUCCCCUCUCUCGUAACUCCAUCGUCGGCUCUUCUUCCGGCAAAACCCUCGACCUUUUGAAGUUCACGGUUUCAGAGAUUCAUCAAUCCUAUGACGUUGAUCAAUACGAGUAUGAUUGGUCUAGCGUUUCAUCAUAUAAGUUCGCUAGAGUUGUUCUAGUAGGGGAUCUGGUUUUUAUAGUUAAUUGCAACAAGCAAAUCUGGUGGUGCAAUAGUAGCGAAACUGAUAAACCUUGGGCAAGAAUCAUGGAUGAAGAAGUUAAAAACUUCUCGGAUAUACUACUUCACAAAGGUCAUCUUUAUGCCUUGGACUUAAACGGCGCAAUUUGGUGGAUUAGUUUAUCUGAGCUCAACAUAUUUCAAUACGGUCCAUCGACUCCACUGGAAUACUACGAGAUUGAUGAUUGCAAAGACAAGAGGCUGGUGGUGUAUUGUGGAGACCUUUGCAUUGUUCAUCGUUUCGGUAAGAUAUUUACCGUAAAGGGAGUUAAGGUAGAAAGGACCACUGGUUUUAAGGUUUAUAAGAUGGACGUGGAAAAUAUUAAAUGGGUUGAGGUUAAGUCUUUGGGAGAUAAAGCUAUUGUGAUGGCCACGGAUAGCUGUUUCUCUCUCUUGGCUAGAGAGUAUUAUGGAUGUUUGGAGAAUUCCAUCUAUUUUAUAGACAAGGUAGGGAAAAACGACGUUGAAGUGUUCAAGCUUGGUGAUGGUAGUAUUACUAAAAUGGCUGAUGAUUCUUCUCAGAGUUGUUUUCAGAUGCUUAUUCCUUCUUUUGUUUGAUAAUAUUUUUACUUAUCAGUUUUUAAUCCUUUGUCUUUGUCCAUUAGAGUAAAAAUUGUUUUUCAGAUUCUGGUUUUGUUUGUCACUUUUUUUUUCUUACUUAACUUUUCUGAGUAAACAGAAAAUCUGCAGAAGGACAAAUCGGAAUUUGCAGACUUUGAGACCAUUUUUAGUGUUUAUAUUUUGGGGUGCACCGAUUAGAGAAUCCUUCAAGUUUCUUAGGAGGGUUUCGACUACUUGUUUAUAAUUAACAGUUCAAAACGAUGUAACAAACAAGUGUCAUGCAUGUAACAAGUGCAUCAUGCACAAUUCUGUUUCUUUUAGCAACGUAACUCUCAUAGUCUCCGUCUUGCUAUCGAUGGGACUAUAAGGAAUCGCCUGUUGUCCUUUCCGACGCCACCAAAUCUGCUUUCUCCGUCUCUUCAUCAGUGUCAUGUUCAUGUGGUGGUAUUG